UAUCUAUGAAGGUAGGGAUCAACACCUCUAAGCUUGGAGUUCUCAGCCGGAGAUUCGCAGUCGAAGAGUGUCAGGAAGACGAUCAUCAUCAUAUCAUCUUCAUCAUUUCUUCAUCAUGUUACUUGUGCUCACGCUUGUACUUUUUUUGUCACACAAUACUCUCGGGAGGUAUCAUGAAAAAACGAGAUUUGAUCGCUCAGUGGACUUGUUUGAUGAAUUUCAGAAUCUAGAUUAUCGGCAUGAGACACCAGAAGUAUUCAUUGAUUACACUAUGCGCUACGUAGUCUUUAGAUGUGUCAAAGAAAACGUGUGCUACUUAGAGAAGAUGCGAGAUGAUUAUUGGAAGUCAAUAUUGACUGGAAAAAUCCGUCCAAAAGUUUUGUAUCCAUCUUCGUCAACAUUGACGCUAGUAGAAGCAUGGAAAUUAGCCGGCGGUAGGGUUGUAAACUUCUGCAACGGAAUUCCAAUGAAACUGCUUGAAGAAACUCAACCAGUGCCUCAGGAUGCGCAGGAUCCGUUUUUGAAUGAAAUCCCUCAAGAUGAUAACGAAAUUUUCCAGAAACGGGUUACGGACGUGGUGAUAACUCCGCUUAUUGAUCGCGCUAAACGAGAGAUAAUGAUGGAGAACCGUGAGAAAAUGAACGGGGAGGAGUACGUGAGAGUUCGAAGACACGCUUAUCCGGGAAAAUUCCGUGGACAAACGCAGUCGCAGUAUUUGAAUUUUGAAAAGGAAGGCGAUAAAGCGGGAAAAGCUGAAGCGGAAGCUACUAAUGAAUCUUCUCGGGCUGUCGUUAGUGGUACCAACGGGAUGGGACAAGCUCAAAGUAUGACUGCAGGUGGCUCGUGCGAAGACUGCCCGGGUUACCAGAAAUUUCCUCCAGUACCGGCAGGUUACACAGGAUUGCCUGGAGGAGGUGGAACAGGAUUGACUGUUCCAGGAAUUUUGCCGGGAAUAAAUGGUCCAGGUGUUGGUUAUCCGGGGACAAUUGUUCCGGGAACGACAGGAACUUUCCCGCAAACUGGAGGUGCAUUGCCGGGAACGUACCCAGGAGUUAGUUUGCCGGGAACCGGGCAGGGAGUUCCAGGAACUUAUCCGGGGGGAGUAGUUCCGCCAGGCGGUCAAAUACCUGGAGGAUAUCCAGGAACCUUUCCAGGUGGCCAACGACCAGGGGUGGGACAACCUGGUAGUCAAGUAGGGACCGGAGGGUAUCCAGGUGGUAUUGUUCCACCAAGUUCAGGACCUGAUGCAUAUCCUGGUGGUUCUGGAACUUAUCCAGGGGGUAGUGUUCCUGGAACUGGUCAACCAGGAACUUAUCCUGGAACUAUUCCGGGGGUUGGUCAACCAGGAACUUACCCUGGAGUAGGACAGCCGGGAACUUAUCCAGGUGGUAGUGCUCCAGGAAGUGGUCAACCAGGAACCUAUCCAGGUGGUAUUUCAGGAGUAGGCCAGCCGGGAACUUAUCCAGGUGGUAGUGUUCCAGGAACUAGUCAACCAGGCACCUAUCCAGGUGGCAUGCCAGGAGUAGGCCAGCCGGGAACUUAUCCAGGUGGUAGUGUUCCAGGAACUUAUCCGGGAGGUACUCUUGGAGUAGGACAACCAGGAACCUAUCCUGGUAGUAUUCCAGGGGUUGGUCAACCAGGAACUUAUCCUGGAGUAGGACAACCACGAACUUAUCCAGGUGGUAGUGUUCCAGGAACUUAUCCAGGUGGUAGCGUUCCAGGAACUAGUCAAUCAGGCACCUAUCCAGGUAGUAUGCCAGGAGCAGGACAACCAGGGACUUAUCCAGGUGGUAAUGUUCCAGGAACUGGACAACCAGGAACCUAUCCUGGUAGUAUUCCAGGGGUUGGUCAACCAGGAACUUAUCCUGGAGUAGCGCAACCAGGAACUUAUCCAGGUGGUAUGCCAGGAGUAGGACAGCCCGGAACUUACCCAGGUGGUAGCGUUCCAGGUACUUAUUCAGGUGGAAUUCCGGGGGUUGGACAACCAGGAACAUAUCCUGGAAGCUUACCAGGAUCUGGUACCGGAAUUAUACCUGGAACUGGACAACCAGGGACUUAUCCAGGUGGCAGUACUAUAAUACCUGGUUCUCAAGGUGGAGUAACUUUACCAGGUGGCCCAUAUCCAGGAGGUUUAAUCCCUCCCGGUGGUAUUUACCCGCCAGGGACAACUUAUCCCGGUGGAGUAAUCCCUCCAAACGGUAUCCCAGGAACAUAUCCAGGAAUUUUUCCACCAGGAACUUAUCCCGGAACCGUUCCGGGAUUCUACCCAGGUGGAGUAGCACCAGGCGCAUUAAUUCCCGGAGGUUACCCCGGUCAAUAUCCAUCAGGCGUUGUAUCUGCAGCAGCAGAUGACGCAGAUUCACAUGCUUCAAGCGAAGUUAAGCAAAACGAAGCCGGAACCCAGGCAAGCGCUUCAGCGGACGGAACUUACGGAACUGGAACCGCCAAGUCUCAGGUCAGCGGUAUCUACACAGGCGCUGGUUCGUUCUCGGCUCAAGCAGGAAUCAACGACGGCAACAAAGGCGCCCAAACUCAAGUCUCUGGCGGUAAAGAGGGCGCUGUGAGCAGUGCCCAAGGCUUCGGAGGACAAGGUAAAAGCCAAACCCAAGUGCAGCUGGACUCCGACACCGGAGCGACGACCACCGGGUCUCAAAGCAGCGGAUUCAACCACGACACCAGUUCCCAAGUUCAAGCUAGCAUGAAAGGCGGAAUGGCUGAUGCUCAAGCCAACGGAGAGGGCAGCACGUCCUCCCAAGCUCAGAUUGGGUUUCAACCAUACAUGGGUUCCGCAGAACUGGACAAAGUCCAGUCAAAGCCAUUUAAAGGUGGAGGUACAGCUUCAGCUCAAAGUGGGACUUAUCAAGGACAAUCCCAGUCACAAAUUGAAGGCUCUUUUCAAUAUGGAAUCACUUACACUGGCGCCGCUCAAGCUGGUUCUGGAUCUGGUGCUGCUGCAUCAAGACGACCCUUCAAUUUUACCAACUCAGACUCUAAAUUAUUCAAGAGUUUCGAUAAAUUCGAGUCUAUCAAGAUCUCCAGUGACGGCAAAGAUGAACCAACAGCUCAACCUGAACUUGACACGGCCAUAACUGGAACCCACACUUUGAAAACUAGUUCCAGCACUAGGAAGACUGUGCUCAGCAGAACACCCACAAGGCAAGAGCCUCAGGAGGCUGGAUUGGAAACCGGAGCUGUUGAGUAUGAUGCUCAGGAAGAUGAGGAGUAUGAAGAUGAUGACUAUGCUGCUGCUCCGGGAAAAAUGGACGCUAAGUUGAGAACCGCCGAGUCGAGGAAAAUUCAUGACCAUCAUGGCAAGCAUGAUGGUCAUGGAAAACAAGAUUCUUUGAGGCCGAAAGAGGGAGAUCUUCUGCAACCGGGGGAGUCGCUUCCAGGAUUCACUGUUCCUCAGGGACUCAGAGCUAGAGUCACUUCUGCUUCUGGGGAACGGGCGCCAAGUCAAGCUAGUGGAAAACAUCAACCUCAGACAGUUAUUCUCGCUCCGAAUCCGGAUCGCUCUCAAAUUGGGAAGUUUAAUCUUGAUACUAGGGCUUUGAAGCCUGGACAUAAUCAGAAUUAUCUUCAUGCAACGCAUUAUGGAAAAUAUACUAAUCCUGGAAAAACAAGAUCGAUGACGCCAACACCAGUAAAAUCAAACUACUACACGGUAACAAACAGCGUAGCUGGAAAUAUGGGUGAUCCUCGGAGAAAAUACGAGCACCGCUACUACACCAAAAGCUCAACUUGCGGCUACUUUACAUUCUCCUGCAACAUAGUCCACGGUUCCAACGGCAGAACCAAAAUCUGCAAGCCAAAGAUGCCGACGUACCCCGAUGGCACUCCUAUGAAAUGCUAGUUAUUUAAAUUAAAUUAAAUUGCAUUUUUUUAUCACAUAUCU